ACCAUCUAUAACAACUACUCCCUAUGCACCAGAUUGUUAUAAAGCAAACCUUUCCGUAACAAUGGCCAAUGCCAACGGCACAAAUCUGAGAAAAUCAACUACUUGCAUUAGCAUGCUUUGGUUUUGCUUUUCUUGGCUCUUGUUAUCACAAACUUCCACUUCACUAGACACUCUCUCUCCAGGUCAAUCCAUCAAAGAUGGCGAGACUCUGGUCUCAAAAGGUGGAAUAUUCGAACUGGGAUUUCACAGACUAGGAAAUUCAAAUAAACGUUAUUUGGCAAUAUGGUACAAGGAAGCCAAGGCCUUUUCAGUUGUUUGGGUUGCCAAUAGAGAAACCCCACUUCUUGAUUCUUCAGGAGUUCUGAGUUUCUCUAAGAAAGGACUUCUGGUCCUGCUCAAUGGAAAAAAUAGUACAGUUUGGUCAUCCAAUAAAACAACACCUGCACAGAGUCUGCUUAUGCAGCUCUUGGACACGGGAAAUCUUGUAGUAAAUGAUACCCAGUCGGUUAACUAUCUGUGGCAGAGUUUCGAUUCUCCUUGUGACACAUUACUCCCAGGAAUGAGAAUUGGACGAAAUUUCUCAACUCGUCAGGACAGAUUUCUAACAUCCUGGAAGAGCGCAAACGAUCCUGCUCCAGGUCAAUUUUCGCUGUGGAUAGAUCCUCGUGGGUUCCCGCAGCUUGUUCUUAGGAAUGGAACUGCUAUGCAUUAUAGACUUGGGUCGUGGAAUGGCCUUCGUUUCACGGGAACUCCUCAAUUGCCUGCACAAAUAGAAUUGUUCGAGUAUGAGUUUGAAUUGAACAACAACGGGGUGUAUUAUGAGUAUGAGGUCAAGGGAAACUUGAUGUCGAGGUUAUUUGUGAAUCGAUCAGGUUUCGUGGAGCGUUUUGCACGAGAAAACCAAUCAAAUGGUUGGAGAAAUUUAUAUUCAGCACCACUAGAUCAGUGCGACAAGUAUUCACUUUGUGGUGCACAUAUGAAAUGCGAUAUCAUAGGUGACCUGCCAAAUUGUGUUUGCCUGGAAGGCUUUGUAUCGAAAUCUCCUAAAAAUUGGAGUGCUGGAUGUGUUAGAAAGACCCCAUUAGAUUGCAAAGCUGGAGAUAUCUUUCGGAGUUAUACAGGGUUGAAGUUGCCGGACACAUCUGGUUCUUCGUACAAUAUGACCAUGAGCCUUGCAGAAUGCAAGGAAAUGUGCACAAGAAACUGCAAUUGCACAGCGUAUGCAAAUUCAAACAUCAAGGGCAGUGGCUGCUUGCUAUGGUUUGGAGAACUGGCUGACAUGAGAGAGUAUAAUGAAGGAGGGCAAAACAUUUACAUAAGGAUGUCCUCUUCAAAACCAGAUCAAGCUAAGAAGAAGCAGAUAGGUAUCAUCGUCACGUCUGCGAUACUUGUGGGAAUGCUUGUGGUGGGAAUUAUAGUUUGCAUACAAAGGAGGAAAAAGAGCAUGCAAGGAAUGGCAAAUGGCAUUCACAUGAAUGAUAACGAAAACAAUGAGGGAACGGAAGACAUGGAAUUGCUAACAUUUGACAUAACCACCAUAACAAAAGCCACAAAUAAUUUUUCAAGAGACAACAAGUUGGGGCAAGGUGGUUUUGGACCUGUAUACAAGGGAACAUUGCCUGGUGGGCAAGAAAUAGCAGUGAAAAGGCUUUCAAAAAGUUCUGGACAAGGGCAAACAGAGUUCAAAACUGAAGUUAUCUUGAUCUCCAAACUUCAGCACAGAAAUCUUGUUAGACUUCUUGGAUGUUGCUUUCAGAAAGAUGAAAAAAUGUUGAUCUAUGAGUUUAUGCCCAACAAGAGCUUAGAUUUUUUUAUUUUUGAUCAAAUGAGAAGCAAUUAUCUUGACUGGCCUAAGCGUGUCCACAUUAUUGGAGGAAUUGCUAAAGGGCUUCUCUAUCUUCAUCAGGACUCAAGACUAAGAAUUAUCCAUAGAGAUCUCAAGGCAAGCAAUGUGUUAUUAGAUAAGGACAUGAAUCCCAAAAUUUCAGACUUUGGUAUGGCUAGAAUUUUUGGAGGGGACCAAACGGAGGCAAAUACAAAUAGAGUAGCAGGAACAUAUGGUUAUAUGGCUCCAGAGUAUGCAGUGGAUGGGCUUUUCUCAAUGAAAUCAGAUGUCUUUAGCUUUGGUGCAUUAGUGUUGGAGAUAGUAAGUGGGAAGAAAAAUAGAGGAUUUUCUCACCCAGAUCACAACCACAAUCUUCUUGGACAUGCGUGGAAGCUGUGGAUUGAAGAGAGGCCAUUGGAACUAGUGGAUCAUAUGUUAGAUUCUUUUGCCACAUUCGAAGUGUUAAGAUGCAUUAACGUGGGCUUAUUGUGUGUUCAACAAAGGCCGGAAGACAGGCCAAACAUGUCAUCUGUGGUCGUAAUGUUGGGUAGCGAGAGCUCAUUGCCUCAACCGAAGCAACCUGGCUUUUUCACAGAAAGAAAUAUGCCUGAAGCAGAAUCUUCAUCAAGUGGGCAUGGAUCAACAUCAGUAAAUGAAAUGAGUACCUCAUUUCUAGAGCCCCGGUAGAAGAUUACCACUCAGGUCUCAAACCCUAGUGCAGAUAUAUUUCUAAUCAUUAUCCAGCAUGUAAUAUAUGAAAUAGAGAAUAAGUUGAGCUGCGGGAAUGGCAAAGUCUCAUAUAAUUUUCCUCAUUGACUGGUCUGUUGCAACUUGUGAGUACAAAAGUAGUUUGAUCUCCAGAUGUGCAAUAUAAAUGCUAGUGUGCUUUGUGUCAAUAAUUGUAUUUUAUUGUGUUAUGCUAGUGAGGAGGGCAAAAUGUAACAGUAAUAAUGAAAAACUUGAAUAUUAUAUCUUUUAGGAUGUGUA